AUGGCCGUUCUGCAUCGCUACUUGUCGUUUUAUUAUCUUGCAUUACAUGUAGUAUUGAUAGAUUUGUGGCUUGAAGAGGCGUUGUGCUUUGCUGAUUUGUCCCGAUACGACAAGGGUUCGGCAAGGAGCACAACUCGAGUAGCCAAGGCGCCAAUAACGCCUUUGAGAGAAAGAACGAAUGAUGAUGCCACAAUCUUUGACUUGGAUUAUCGCGGUGCCAACGAAUUCAUCGACGCCCAUUAUGGUAAAGCAGACUUGGCGUGGCAAAACAAGGACAAUUCAGCAUCUUACUUUGAGGCUUCUACAUGUGCGAAAGCAGAGCAAGUUUGGAAUGCCAGAAAGGGAGUGAGAAUCUCAGAUGAUCAACCACUACAACCUCCCAGCCUUGAUGGGAAUGGUUUCUUCUUGGUACCACACCCGACGCAAGUGAAAGAUUUCACAGAUUUCUCUCAAGUCCAAGAGGUGUAUCUUCCAGAGUUGGAGGCGAUAUUGCAAGAACAGUUUGACAUUACUUCCGACUCCCAUCACGUUUUGUUUUGGAAUCCAGUGCUACGCGGACAAGCCAUGCAAUCAUCACAAGACCGAGUGUUUGAUGAAGCCACCCAAACCAUCCAAGCAUCCGCCAUUUCGACCACAGCCAACAUGGUUCACAUUGAUACCGACAUUGGUGCCCACGAAACACCCGAAAGCUUUUUGAAAAUCAUGUACAAGAAUCGUGUCACGACAACGCCAGGCACCCAAGAAGAGCCCUCACUCUCACAACUCACCGAUGCUAUUGCACACGGUCAACGAUUCGUCAUUCUCAAUUUUUGGAGAAAUGGAGAUUCCAACAAUCCCAUCAUUCAAACUAUGCCGUUGGGGUUAUUUGUGCCACACUAUGAUCCCAAUUCAAUGGACGCCUUUCCAACGGCACAACCUUGUCGAGACCAGAGCCGUUGGUAUUACUAUCCCAACAUGACCUACCAGGAAACUCUGGUCUUUAAACAGUACGAUCGAGAUGCCAGCUAUGUGUCGGAUAUUUGGCACUCGGCGCUCCGAAAUCAACAACCACAACAACGAGCUGUGCCUCCGAGGCUUUCCUUUGAUAUUCGUGCCCUGGUCGUGUCCAAGACAGAGACUGUGGCGCCGGAACGGGAUCGCUACUCUCACCAUCGUGUGCGUCCCAUCAUGGACUUUUCCCAGUCCCAAGUCUUUUGUCAGGAGCAAGACAAACGACAGACGGAGCGGGAUACGACGAAACCAUAGAUGCAAGAGACAUGCCGUACUUUGACGGCAGGAGGCUUUGGAGGGGCGUAGCGAAAGAUCACCAUGAGCACAAGCUUUUCUAUGGCAACCGCACUGAGUGCAGAAAAACUGUGUCCGACCGCAACGCUACGUUUGUUGGCAAUUCAACGAGAUUCAUUUGUCUACGGUCUGGUGGGCUGAUGGAUUCCCUUGACACUCAAAACUUGCUAACACUUGGUACCGGUACAGAAUAGCCGUAGAGACCUUGCAACAUCUCCAUCGG